UUUCUCCUCUCCACCAUGCCUGCAACUUUACCAUGGGCUGUUCCUCCAAGCUCCCACCUUCCCUCCUCCUCCCCACCCAAAACAUUCAUCUCUCCCGUCGCAUCCUCCUCUCAACAUCCGCCAUUUCCCUCUCUUUCCCCCUCUCCUCCUCCGCAUCACCCCUACAAUCCGCCGCACCCGACACUACCAUAACCGACCGUAUCUUCAUGGACUUCAGCUUCUGUCCUAGCUACUUCUCCAAUCGAACUCUAGGAGGAGACGAUUUAACCCUCUGUCCCGACUCCGAGCAUCUCGGUCGCCUCGUCCUCGGUCUCUACGGAAACCUUGUCCCUGUAACAGUCGCAAAUUUCAAAUCUUUGUGCACCGGCACUCCAUCGGGAUCUUCCUAUAAGGGUACCUUAAUUCAGAAGAUCUUACCCGGUCAAUUCUUUGUUGCCGGCCGCCAAGGACGUCGCGACAAGGGAGAGGUGAAGCCGCCGACAACGGCGGAAGUGACUAGGAACACUGAAACUGUUGAUUCACGUGCAUUCUUGUUGGAGCACUCGAGGCCGGGCGUUGUCUCGUUAUGCUUGUCGGAGAAUGACGAUGAUGAUGAUAUUAAGCUGGAUCCGGAUUAUCGAAACGUUGAGUUCUUAAUCACAACAGGUCCUGGUCCAUGCCCGGAACUCGACAGCAAAAACAUAAUCUUUGGAACAGUUCUUGAAGGAAUGGAUGUGGUUACAAGUAUAUCUUCCAUACCCACGUACAAACCAGGAGAAAGAAUCCGUCAAUACAACGAUUUGGCGGAGUUUCUUGGGGAUGAAAGAGCAAGAACUGCUCGAGCAAUCUGGAACAAGCCUCUUAAAACCCUUUACAUAAGCGACUGUGGAGUGGUCAAAGUCGCCAAACCUACUCUCUCUCCCACUCUGCCUUAACACUGACAAAUUGAUACACCUUCCUCUGUUGAGAAUUUCGGCCUCCAUUCAACACCUCAAGGUAAAUCAUGAGAAAUUGAACUUCUGAAGAUCAUUGUUUUUGUGAUAAGAGGUAAACAAUAUUGGAAAUGGAGAAAAUAAAUAUGGAAGAAAUUGGCUAGUUUUUUGUGUAUUUAAUGGUAUAGUUUAUAAGCUCGCUCACUGUUGUUUUCUUUGAUUGCUUUCUUUGGUUAUGAUUUAUUUUUUCUAUGUAAUUGAUGCAUAAUUGUUUGUGUAAAAUGGGAAAAACAUAAGCCAUUGUAUAAAUAGGAUCUUCUAAAGUUAUAU